AUGCCCAAUGUAUGGACAGACAAGGUUUUCAUUUCCAAAUGUGACCACCGCCAUGUUGUGUUAGAAAGUUGUGCCAUUCCUCUCGCUGCAUUUCUCGUGUCCAUCACCUUUCAGGAAUAUGACACAUUGAAAACAUUGGUAGAUUUUAGCACGCACAAUCACCAACUAGCAGUGUCUCCUUUCGUUUCUGAUAAGGUUCAACCAUUUGUGUAUUUUCAAGUCAUGGAUGACUAUUUGGACGAUUUGGAAUUUGACACUGAAAAUUUUGAGUGGACUGAUCGAGAUUUUGGCAAGGGAGGAGAAUGGAUUCCCAAAUUUUUCAAUGCUGGUGCAUAUGCUGAAGAGUAUUCAUACAGAGCUUCCUUUAUUGACGAGUCUCGAGAAUGGAAAGUUACAAAAGUUUACAAUUCCUAUUAUGUGUAA